GCGGCAAUACAGCUGCUUCCAGUGUGAGGAACUGAGGAGACUGAGUAUAACAAAGGGCUUGUUCUGGGGUCUUCUGCUCUCUGAAACCUGCAUUUCCAGCACCUGUACCUGUGAUAUCUCUGUGGAAUCCAUCCCGAGGGCUUUAUUCCUAACCUCCUGGACAAUUAAGGAGAUCCCGACUAAGAAUACUAAAAGACAUUGUGGAAAGGGAUAUUGUUUUCUGAUCAAACCUACUAAAGACAAAUUUCAACUUAGACCUCUGGAGGAUUCACAGAAACUAUUUUAAGUUUCUGGAUAAUAGAAACCUUCUACAGCUAAUUUGUCUCUCAUUUAACACAUGAUGAGUUUCACAGAAGAGAAACCGCAUCUGUGCUCUGAGUGUGACAAAAGCUUUACAUAUAAAUCACAGCUUCUCACACAUCAGAGGAGUCACACAGGGGAGAAACCAUUUACAUGUUCUGAAUGCAGGAAACAUUUUACCUUGAAAUCACAGCUUGUUAUUCAUCAGAAGAGUCACACAGGAGAGAAACCAUUUACAUGUUCUGAAUGCAGGAAAUGUUUUACUAUGAAAUCACAGCUUGUUACACAUCAGAGGAGUCACACAGGAGAGAAACCAUAUAAAUGUUCUGAAUGCAGCAAGUGUUUUUCAAAGAAUUCACAUCUUGGUGUACAUCAAAGGAUUCACACAGGAGAGAAACCAUUUAUAUGUUCUGAAUGCAGCCAAUGUUUUUCCCAGAAGUCACAUCUUGUUGUACAUCAGAGGAGUCACACAGGAGAGAAACCAUUUAAAUGCUCUGAGUGUAGCAAAUGUUUUUCUCUGAAGUCACAUCUUGUUAGACAUCAGAUGUGUCACACUGGAGAGAAACAAUUUAUAUGUUCUGAAUGUAGCAAAUGUUUUUCUGAGAAGUCACUUCUUGUUACACAUCAGAAGAAUCACACAGGAGAGAAACUUUUUAUAUGUUCUGAGUGCAGCAAAUGUUUUUCCCUGAAGUCAUCUCUCCUUAUGCAUCAAAGGAGUCACACAGGAGAGAAGCCAUUUACCUGUUCUGAGUGCAGCAAAUGUUUUUCCCUGAAGUCAUCUCUUAUUAUACAUCAGAGGAGUCACACAGGAGAGAAACCAUUUAUAUGUUCUGAGUGCAGCAAAUGUUUUUCCCUGAAAUCAUUUCUUCUUAUACAUCAGAGGAGUCACACAGGAGAGAAACCAUUUAUAUGUCCUGAAUGCAGAAAAUGUUUUUCCCAGAAGUCACAUCUUGUUAGUCAUCAGAGGAGUCACACGGGAGAGAAACCAUUUACAUGUUCUGAAUGCAGCAAGUGUUUUUCUAAAAAGAAAACACUUACUGAUCACAUGAAGAGUCACUCGGAUGGGCUGAAUGUAGCAUGUGUCUCAUAAAUUCGGCUGGGUGCAAAUUAUCUAUCAGACCAUCGCAGUUAUUGAGGCUAUGAUAUAUAACUGUAUAAAGUGUGUGCACAUACAACAAUCUUUUACAUCUGAUAAAUCAGUCUUACCUUAUGAUUGCACCUUCUAUGAUGUUCAUAAGAAGCAAUUUGUCUUGUAAAGGCAUUAGCUGCAUUUUGCAGUGUGUUUGCACUGAUGACCAAUAAGCCAACAAAUCUUCAGAUAGCUCUGGUCAUGCUUUUGCAAAUCUCCAAUGAUGUAUCCUUUGUUGAUAAAUGUUAUUUUGCAGAAUGUCUGCAUGUAUGUCUAUAUGGGGUGAUAUUUUUAAUUACAUUUUUCACCAUUUUGUUCAUGUAUGACUCUAUUUUGUACAUGUAUGACUUCAUAGAUUAUGCUGAUAUGCUUAUAUAUAUACUUUUUUUUAAUUAGGAUUAGUGCUUUUGCAAACAAAUAGGCACCAGCUAGAAAUAUAGCUCCUCUUUAAGUAACAAGUUGUUAUUUACCUUUGACCUAGUGCACAAGACAUAGUGAGUGGGGAGUGUAGACAGCUUUUUAGGCUGGAUGAUUAUAAUAAAUAAUGUAUAUGUUCCUAUUAUAAAUAUCUCAGAUGGAAACAGUCUAGUAAGCUGUUUGGGGUAUUGUGUUCAAAGUGGGUGAAAGGGGAAGCUUGUCAAGUCUUAUGUCCCAUACACACGGUGAGAUUCAGGCUAUGCCCGAUUCUCACUAUGUGACAGAGGCUAGGUCAGAACACAGUCAGUAUCGCAAGCACACUCAUUAUGUGCUUGCUAUACUGACUAUGUGCGAUUUUGGCUAAGUGUCAAUUUUGACUAUCUCUUCCAUAGAGAUCGUCAAAAUUGACUUGCCUGCACAGUCUAUCUAUUUUUGCGAUGCCGACCACAUGGGACCGCGCAUCAGCAUCGAAUCGGGAUCACAAGGUGACUUUCACCUUGCGAUCUGCACUAACUUUUCUUACGAUUUUGACUACAUAGUCAAAAUCGUAUGAAAAUAUCUCACCGUGUAUACACACCAUAAGAUAAAGUAUCUUAUGUGAACGACUACUGCACCCAGCUUCACAGACACUAAAAGUAAUAUCUUUUAAGAGCAUAUUCCUACAGGAGGGCUAUAAAGCCUAGAGACUUACACAUAGCAGAUCAGUUCCAAUUGAAGCUGGUUCUGUCUGCAGCAGAUCUAGUCUUAUAUAAAUCCACUUCAGCUUAAUAAUUCAGAUGGAGUUAUUAAGCAGGGACCCUGAAGGCAACCGAACUUCAUUAUUUAAACUGCUUAAUCGAUGACCAUCAUCUGGGACAGAGCUUAAAAAAUCUGAGAUAAUAGAUAACUUGUUACUUAUCUGCAUGUUUUUAUUGUUGUAACUUAGAUAAAUAAAUGUUUAUCCUUUUUGAAAUGUCCUGUGUCAGUCUCCAUAUUUAAAACAUUGUAUCCCAGAAAAUGGCCGCUUAAGUUUUUCAACCAUAUACUUGAUAUGAUAGAAAGUAUUCUAUAUUUACAUAAACCAUGCCUAUACUACUGUAUGUUAUAGGCAAAG